AUGUUGGGAAGCCUAGAUUGCCUCCAGUGGGCAUGGGGUUGUUGUCCGAAUGCCCAUAAAGGGCAAUACACUCGAGGCGAUCAUGGUUAUCCAGCCGUUAUACUUGAAGCGGUGGCCUCACAUGAUUUGUGGACACAUUAUUUAGCUCUGUUGGCUCCCUCAAUGACAUUAAUGUUCUUAACAUGUCUCAGUUAUUUGACGACAUGUAUAACGGGACUCCACCAUACUUCCUUUCAAGUAGCUGGAACAUCGUACAUGAACGGGUAUGAUCUUGUCGACAUGAUCUAUCCGAAGCAUGCUUGUUUUGUGAAGUUAUUGUCUUGUCCAAAUGAUCGUAAGUUUAAGAAAGCUCAAGAGAAGGCAAGAAAGGAUGUUGAAUGA